AUGACGGGUAGAUUAGUGGUGAAUUGUAGUGGUGAAAGUACCAGGAAUGGCAAGCUGCCACAUUUUAGGUACUUUGUAUUUCUAGGUCCACUGGCCUUCUUUCCUCAGUGGAAGUUGAGGCAUUAUGAUAUUGUUGUAGGUGUGUUGUCAGCUCGGCACAAUCAUGAACUGCGCAGCGUUAUAAGGAACACUUGGUUCAAGCACUUGAAACAACAUCCUGCACUGAGUCAACGUGUCCUUGUGAAGUUUAUAAUAGGUGCGCAUGGUUGUGCUGUGCCAGUGGAGGACAGAGAAGAUCCGUACUCCUGCAAACUUCUGAACAUCAGUAACCCAGUUUUGAAUCAGGAAAUUGAAGCAUUCAGUCUCCCUGAGGACAUACCUUCUGUGCUCUCUGAAGACAGAAUUGUCAGUGUGAACUUUCGUGUACUUUACCCCAUUGUCAUUACCAGUCUUGGGGUAUUUUAUGAGGCUGUUAGUGUGGGAUUCCAGAGGAACAUCACUGUAAAACUAUACCAGGCAGAACAUGAGGAAGCUCUCUUCAGUGCUCGCUUUAGCCCACCAAGCUGUGGAGUGCAAGUGAACCGAUUGUGGUACAAGCCGGUAGAGCAGUUCAUUUUGCCAGAGAGUUUUGAAGGUACCAUUGUGUGGGAAAGCCAGGAUCCUCAGGGCCUUGUUUCGAGAAACCUUCACAAAGUGACGGUGAACGAUGGAGGGGGUGUUUUCAGAGUCAUAACACAGGCAGGGGAAGGGUCAUUGCCACAUGAAUUCACAGAAGGUGUGGAGGGAAUAGCAGGUGGUUUCAUCUACACUGUUCAAGAAGGUGAUGCUCUCUUAAAAAGCCUGCAUACUCGCCCUGAAAGGUUUGCAAGUCAUAUAAAAAAUCUUGAAAAAGAAGAUGCUUUAUUGAAGGAAGAAAGCAGUACCCAUGAUGAUAUUGUUUUUGUAGAUGUUGUUGACACUUACAGAAACGUUCCAGCCAAACUGCUGAACUUCUACCGAUGGACAAUUGAAUCAACAAGCUUUGAUUUGUUGCUGAAGACAGAUGAUGACUGUUACAUUGAUUUGGAGGCCGUUUUUAACAGGAUAAUGCAGAAAAAACUGGACAGGCCAAACAUGUGGUGGGGAAAUUUCAGACUAAAUUGGGCAGUUGAUCGAACUGGGAAAUGGCAAGAGCUAGAGUAUCCAAGUCCCGCAUAUCCAGCCUUUGCUUGUGGGUCUGGCUAUGUCAUCUCCAAAGAUAUCGUUCAGUGGCUGGCCAGCAACUCUGAAAGAUUAAAGACUUAUCAGGGUGAAGACGUGAGUAUGGGCAUCUGGAUGGCAGCUGUAGGACCUAAGCGCUACCAAGACAGUCUCUGGCUGUGUGAGAAGACAUGUGAGAGUGGCAUGCUGUCUUCCCCUCAGUAUUCUCCACAGGAACUGAGAGAGCUCUGGAGAGUAAAGGAACAGUGUGGAGAUCCUUGUAGAUGCGAGGAAAGAUGACAGACUUGUCUCAGAAAACAGAGUAGCAUAUAAUAAUCAUGCAAAAGUGUACAUUUGGCUUCAUUUUUGGAAACAAUAAGGACUAUUAAGGUAUCAUUUAAUGUUGAGUUUCAACUAAAGUGUAACAAAUAUUUGCACAUCCCUUUUGAUAAUUACAAGCGGACUGACGCUAUCCAUUUUAUAUAGCGUAGAUGUUGAUCAGACAAAACCAAAAUGUUUAAGAUAAGCAAUUUCCUUUUUAUAUAAAGUCAAAGAACUACUUGUAAUUAAUAAAUGCACAUAGGAAUGCCAACUAGCCUGUCUUUUGUAAAUUACAAUACUACUGAUUUAACUCUGGAUAGAGCUGUACCAGUAUCCAACCAAGAGCUGUACUUGGUACCAGGGCACCUGGUAAGUCUUGUUAGCAUCUGUUUGAGGGGUUGCUCUUAGCUGUGUGGGGGUUGGGACAGCUGGGGUUUAGGAUUUAUAUUUAGUUCCUUUAUACCAUUGUCACUGUAGUUAGAAUGAUAUCAAAGUCUGCUUAUACCAAAUCCUGAAGUACUGCAAACUUAGCCUGACUCAGAGGGAUUUCUGAUAGCAUAAUCUAUCAUUAGAUAUGAAUCUGAGGAUAGACAGUUGAAAGUAAAAUAAGUUUGAGCAACAGAACAUUAAAGACUAUAAAAUAAAUAGCAAUGCCCUGCCGGACGCUGAGAAACUUAUACUGCGGUAUGUUAGUGCCGUAGGUAGAAUAAAGGUCUAUCAGAUUUUGACCUUAAAUAGUCUAAGGUGUGUAGAUACUUCUACAGUUACUGCUGUUCUAUUUCUGUUUGCUUUAAUGUCCUUGGAAGUAGGUGAAAACCAAAAGGUAAGUAGUAGCCUCUUUCAGUGCAGCACUAAUUUGGGAGCUAUUGCAAGCAAAGAUUGCACCUAGAGUAUAUACUCAGUUCAGUUGAAAGAAAAAAAAAAAAAAAAUCUUACCACCUUACCACUGCAGCAGGAAAGUAG